AAUAUGAGGCCGCCUUAUAAAGCACCAAGAGGCCGCCAGGGGGACAUUUCUCAGCCCUGCCAGCCCCCGGGAGGAAGGUGGGUCUGAACCCGGCACCAUGACGGAACUGGAGACAGCCAUGGGCAUGAUCAUAGACGUAUUUUCCCGCUAUUCGAGCAGCGAGGGCAGCACGCAGACCCUGACCAAGGUGGAGCUCAAGGCGCUGAUGGAGAAGGAGCUCCCGGGCUUCCUGCAGAGCGGAAGGGACAAGGAUGCUGUGGAUAAACUGCUCAGGGACCUGGAUGCCAACGGAGAUGCCCAGGUGGACUUCAGCGAGUUCAUCGUGUUCGUGGCUGCAAUCACGUCUGCCUGUCACAAGUACUUUGAAAAGGCAGGACUCAAAUGAUGCCCUGGAGAUGCAGAUUCCUGGCAGAGGCUUCCCAAAAGGGUUUGUUGGCAAUUACUCCACUCAGCGGAGCCUGCUUAUGUCCCUCUGAUUAAUAAAUGCUCACGAAAUGA